AUGGGAGAUCCAUCAUCAGGUCCUUCGAAGGGACUCGCAGAUGUGCCGGAGAAACAGAUUUCGGCCGGAGAACCGUCAUUGCCUUCAACGCCUGAGGGUGAUCAAACACCCAAGGUGGUCGACGUCGCUGAGGAUUCGAAGGAGAAGACCGAGGAGAAAAAUGCUGCCGAGCAGUCUGCCUCGCUCAAGGACUAUUUUAGAGUCCUCUCGUAUACAACCAGGAAAGACCGGCUGGUCCUCGCAGUCGCUCUCAUUUGCUCUAUGGCUUCCGGCGUGCCGCUACCUAUCAUGAAUAUCGUUUUCGGUAAUCUGGUCGGCGAAUUUACAGGAUUCUUCACGCCAGGCUCUUCGACUACCCAAGCUGACUUUAAAGCAUCAGUCAGCCGACUGAGCUUGUACAUUGUAUACCUUUUCAUCGCCAAGUUUACGUUGACAUAUUUUUCCAUGUACUGUUUCCGCGUCAUCAGCCUGCGAGUCUCAGCAGCCCUGCGACUGGAAUACAUGACCUCUCUCUUCGCCCUACCCAUCAGCAAACUGGACCAAGUUUCAGUCGGCACAGUCGUGAAUGCCAUCACCACUCUCUCUAACUCGAUCCAGCAAAGCAUUUCGGACAAACUAGCAAUCCUAUUCCAGUCCCUCGCACUGCUAAUUGCUGCCUACAUCAUCGCCUUCAAAUAUUCCUGGGCCCUGACUCUCGCCACCAGCUCCGCUAUCGUGUUCAUCCUCGUCGUCUGCAGCAUUACACUACCCGCCGUUACCAAGGUCCAGCAGAAGGUGGAUAAAGCCGACGAAAAGCAUUCGGCAAUUGCAGCAGAGGUAUUUGGCUCGAUUCGAACUGUCAUCUCGCUCGGUGCCCAGGCGCCUCUGUCGAAGAAAUACCGAAGCUGGGUCGAGGAAUCACGGAAUCGAGGCCGAAGCAUGGCCCUGCUCAUGGGCGCCCAGUUCGGCCUCAUGUUCUUCGCCAUGUAUGUCAGCUACUCGCUGGCAUUUUGGCUCGGCCUGAAGCUCUUCCGUGAGGGCCACAUUGCCAACAUCAACACCGUUAUUGUAGUCUUCUUUUCGAUCAUGAUUGCAGUAAGCGUCCUCGGAAAUAUCGCCUCGCCUUUGAUGAUGGUUUCCAAGGCCGCCGGCGCGGCAGUGUCGUUCUUCGAAAUCAUCGACUCCGAGAGGAUAACCUACGACGGCAUCCGUGACACGGAAAUGCUGGUCCAAGGCGACAUCAUUUUCAAAGAUGUGGAGUUUACGUACCCUGCCCGACCAGACAGCAAAAUACUCAUGGGGCUGAAUGCGAGAUUCGAACGGAACAAGACCACGGCAAUCGUCGGCCCCUCUGGAUCUGGAAAGAGUACUAUUGUCGCCCUGGUUGAGAGAUGGUAUACGCCGCAAGAAGGCGCGCUCUUCGUGGGUGAACGAAGCGUCGAAGAGUUGGACCUGAAGUGGUGGAGAUCUCAGAUCGGCCUUGUGCAACAGGAACCUUUCCUCUUCAACGAUACCAUUCUCAAGAACGUCUCGUAUGGCCUGGUUGGCACAAAGUGGGAGAAUGAGCUUGACGAGGUGAAAGCUAGUCUGGUGGAGAACGCUUGCAAAGAAGCAUUCGCGGAUGAGUUCAUUGAGCGCCUACCCGAGGGAUACGCGACCGUGGUGGGAGAGAACGGCGUCAAGCUGAGCGGUGGCCAGAAACAGCGAUUGGCUAUAGCCCGAAGUAUCGUGAAGCAACCGAAGAUUCUGAUCCUGGAUGAGGCGACCAGCGCGAUCGAUGUCCGCGGAGAGAAGAUCGUCCAAGCGGCGCUGGAUCGCGUUUCCGAAAACCGCACCACAAUCGUGAUCGCCCACAGACUAUCCACCGUUCGCCGUGCAGACCGAAUCCUGGUCCUCAGAGGAGGCAUCAACAUCGAAGAAGGCUCACAUGAUGAGCUUCUGGCGAUGGAAAAUGGGCUUUAUCGUGACCUGGUCAAUGCGCAGAAACUUGAUAUUGAUGCUGAGGACGAGGCCGACCCGAUUGAGGUCACUGCUGCCUUGAAGGAGGAGCUCGAUCAUUCUACGAGCGUCGUUAUCGAGGGAUCCGAAGAUGAGACGCAGGAGAAGUAUAAGAAUCGUGGCUUCUUCAGGAGUGCUGGGCUUUUCAUCUUUGAGGCGCGCUCUCAUUGGUUUAUCUGUCUUACUGCUAUCGUGGGGAUAAUGGGAGCUGCAGCUGCUUUCCCCCUACAAAGCUGGCUAUUCGCGCAUAUCAUCAACGUCUUCAGUUAUCAGGGCCAGAAACUGGUUGAUGCUGCUAACUUCUGGUCGCUGAUGUUCUUUGUCUUAUCCCUUGGUAUCGCAGCAUGCUAUUCUGCCGUGGGAUACUCAGCUAGUAGACUCUCUGUCGAAAUAUCUUCGUCAUGCCGGAACGAGUAUUUCCAAAACAUUCUGCGCAAGCCUGUCCCCUUCUACGAUUUGAAUGACAACGCAUCCGGUUCGCUGGUAUCACGUUUAGCCACCGACCCCAGACAAAUCCAAGAUUUGAUCGGACUCAACGGAGUCUUCCCAGUGAUUUCAGUUUGCAGUAUGCUCGGCUGCAUCGCAAUCGCCUUUUCCUUUGGUUGGAAACUCAGUCUCGUCGCCGUCUUUGCCGCUCUCCCCUGCGUGUUCCUCGCCGCAUUUAUGCGCAUUCGAUACGAGCUGCAGUUCGACUCAAUGAAUGCAGAGGUCUACUCUGGCAGCUCCCAGUUUGCAGCGGAAGCCAUCGAGGCAUUCCGGACUGUAUCAGCGCUAACCAUGGAAAACGCCAUCUUGGACCGAUACUCUAGAAUGCUGAGAGAGCAGCAAAACAAAGCUUUCCGCAAAGCUUGGCUUGCUACGCUGGUAUUUGCAUUUUCUGAUAGUGUUGAGUUGUGCGCCAUGGCACUCACCUUCUGGUAUGGUGGCCAGCUUCUCGCAUCGAGGGAAUAUGAACCUGCAUCCUUCUACAUCGUGUACAUGUCAAUCAUCAUGGGCGGACAGCAAGCGGGCCAGUUCUUCAGCUUUGGACCGAAUAUCGCACAGGCUACAGCGUCUGCCAAUCGGAUUUUGGGUUUCCGCCCGACUGCCAACGACAUUGAUAAUGACAUCAAGAAGCGGAUCCCGGAUCGGUCCUCCCGGUCCGGCGCUCGUAUAGAGUUCAAGGACCUUGCAUUCAAAUACGCGUCUCAAGAAACCCCCUUGUUCACUAACUUAGAUGUGAACAUUGAGAGUGGCCAAUUCGUCGCCUUUGUGGGUGCCUCAGGCUGCGGCAAAACCACGCUGAUAUCCCUGCUCGAGCGAUUCUACAGUCCUUUCAAAGGAACUAUUCUCAUCAAUGGCGAAGACAUCAGCGGCCUCGAAAAUGAAUCAUACAGGAGAUCGCUGUCACUGGUGGCUCAGGAACCGCGAUUAUUCGAAGGCACAAUCCGUGACAACAUCACCCUCGGACUCGACAGUUCCGAAUAUACCGAGGAAGAACUAAUACAAGCAUGUACCGAUGCUGAAAUUCACAGUUUCAUCACAUCUCUGCCAGAAGGCUAUUCCACCGAGCUAGGAAUCAAAGCCCAAACGGCUCUAAGCGGAGGCCAGCGACAACGACUUUGCAUCGCGCGUGCCUUGCUCCGCAAACCGUCUCUCCUCCUCUUGGACGAGGCCACAUCAAGUCUUGAUUCAAAGUCGGAGAAGAUCGUUCAAGCUGCUAUGGAGAAACUUGCAGCGCGAAGAAGCAUGACGAUUGUCGCUGUCGCGCACAGACUAGCGACUAUCCAGAAAGCGGAUGUUAUUUUCGUUUUCGGCGAGAGCCAGAGUGGAAGGGGUUCGCGGAUUGUUGAGCAGGGAUCACAUCACGAGCUGUUGCGGAAUAAGGGGAUGUAUUGGCAAAUGUGUCAAGCGAAUGGGCUCGAUCGGUGA